AUGCAACCCCAUAAAAUAUCAUCAGAUCAAAAACCAAAGUUUGACCUUAAGAUGUUUAUAUCAACGAGGAGAAGUCUGAUGCAUUUUAAAGAUAAAGCCAUAAACAUCAAGCGUCUCACCAUUUUCGGUGUCUCUUCUCGAGGUGAUUCGAAUGACCCUAGACAGAAAUUUAUUACCUGGCAAGUUAGAUGUGCCCAGAAAAUUGGAGAAAAAGAUUUAAUUCAUCUGGUUGUCGAAUCUAAAAACGAAUCUUUUGAAUAUGAAGAGAAGUUCGCGUGUGACAUAAUAUAUGAUCCCAACGACGUAAAUAAUGUUGAAAUUGUGAAUUAUUACGAGAAGUUAGAUGGACUAGAAAAGGAACUACAAGGCUCGAGAGCUGCAUUAAUCAUUUACUGGUUGAAACCAGAGAACUCAGCGGAUAUCGGUAUAAGAAAUUUCUCAAAGAACGAUAAACAGAAUUUAAUAACAAUGACAAAGGAUUUGCGUCGUGAAUGGGAAGAAUAUAAGGUCGAAAAAGAAACGAAUAUUGUUUCCAAAUAUCUUGAAAAAAGUGUAGUGAAUUAUUCUUUUAAAUCUGUACGAAUUUGUGAAAUUCUUACUGGUACAUUUAAUAAAUACGCAUUAAAAUGCAUUCUAGACAGAAUAAUCAAUGAAAAAUUUAAGAAGAAAAACGUGAAAGGUUUUAUUAGAGUUGGUAAAUCUGACGAUUCUGGGUCACCUUCUGUACAUUACGUCGGUUUUUAUGUUGAUCGAAAAGAAAAAGAAAAUAUCAUAUACCUUCUUGGUUCCCGAUCUUUUUUAUUUCAAUAUAAGCCAAUGCGUGGUCUCGAUCAUGAAUCGACGACUUCCUUUCUUGCAUGGUAUGUGCUGGAUCAAGUAGUGAAAACGGAUAAGAAUGAAGUAAUUGCGAAUUUAGCUGUUGUUGGUGCUGGUUAUGAAGAGCCCAAAAAAUGA